UCCACGGCCACGACUGUCGGUCUCCUGUAGCGAAAGCACGUCGCAUAGACUGCAUCGAUGUCUUCAGCGGCACCCGAUUCGGCUGCUGCCUCGCAUCCUGAACACGACCCCUCCGCAAAUCCGUCUGCCGAAGAUGUCCACUAUGUAAAUGCCGAGGCCGAUAGCGCGAGCAUCGACCAGCCGACCGGGACUAAUGAUCCCACAAGUCUGAAAGUCGGCACCUCGCUGCGCGUCAUCAAGGCCUAUCACAAAACCGACGAAAACGAGCUUGAGCUUGAAGUGGACGACGUUGUCGAUCUUGACGAAGUUCCGGCCUCCAACGACGAGUUCUGGUGGAAAGGCACCAACCGCUCGUGGGGCCCCAACAAUGGCUGCCAGGGUUACUUUCCAUCUUCAUGCGUGGUUGUGGAACUGUGGGAACUUGACCCCGACAACCCGCCGCCACUGGCGGACGACAAGGUGUUUGCCCCGGGAGUGACCACAGAUGCUCCAACGGACGUGCCCGACGAAUCCUCCGAAGUUCUUGACGACGGGCCACCUGCCCCUCCCGUGCCAGAGCCCGUUCCGCCAGGGACCAAGGUCUUGGUACGCGAGGCGUUCCAGGCAAGCAUGGCGGAUGAGCUCGAUCUUCGCAAAGGCGAGGAGGUCGUUGUUCUCGAGGCCCCGGAUGGCGGGUGGUGGCGAGGCAUGUCCAACCUCGGCUCCAAGGAAGCCAAAACAGGUUGGUUUCCGGCAACAAUGAUCACCGUGCCGGCAGAUGACGGACUGAGUCCGGCCAAAUCAGCCGAGGCCAGUUCGUCAUCUAUCGGCGAGCUGGCGUCAAAUGCCUCGUCACCGACCAAAAAGGCCUGGUUCAAGCGCCUGAUUUCAAAGAAGGGCAAGGAUGGCGAGACCGAGCAAGAGCGCAAGGAACGCAAGGAGCGCGAAAAGCAGGCCGAGAAGGAAAAGGAGAGGCAGAAGAAGGCCGAAAAGGAGCGUGAGAAGGAGCGUGAGAAGGCUGAGAAGGAGCGUGAGAAGACUGAAAGGGAACGUGAGAAGGCCGAGAAGGAGCGCGAAAAGAUCGAAAGGCAGCGGCUCAAGGAAGCAGAAAAGCAGCGGCUCAAGGCAGAGAAGCGCGAUAAAAAGGCCAGAAACAGGUCCAAGUCUGCUCCAAACACCAAUCUCCAGCUUCGCGACGAUCGAGGGGUCGGGAACAACCAACUCGGAGUGGUGUACGAAUCCAAUGAGCUCGCAAGCAGUGCAUCGUUACACAUCAAGUCGCUGAGCGAGCAGAAGAGCAGUUCUAAUCUCAAGCCGAGGUAA